AUGGACAAUCACGAGAAUCAUACUAGCAGGCUUGGCAAGGGCAAGGAUACGGAACAUUCAUCAGUUGUUUGCUCAUGCUGUUUCAGCCUCAACGCUGCUCUCAUAGAUCCAGCCAGUGAUGACGUCAAGCUUGAUCAGAAUGAAUUCGUAUUGUCAAUACGUCGCAAUGAUGCACAACUCAGGCGAGCAGCGGCUAGAGGUUGUGAAAGUUGUGUUGUCAUGAUUAAAGCUCUUGAAUACUACAGCCUGAUACCCUCAGAGCCAUCCCCUGUUGCUCUCAACGCAACUGAAAACUCCAACCUUCUAGGUCAAAGUAACAAUGCGAGUGUCCGACUGAAACUACGACUUCCAAUAAGUCAGGGAAACCCAGAAAUAUCGCUUAGCAGUCCUGAUCUACCACGAAGUUUUCUUCAGUUCUACACCGACGAGGCUCAAGGACGAUCAUGGAAGACAAUCAUGCCUAUGCCGGAUAUUUGCAAUGAUCACCUAUCUAGACAAGGACUUGUUUUCAUUAACGCUUGUUUGCGGCUGUGCCAAGAGCAUCAUAUGCACUGUAAACAAGAAGACCACAGUAUGCCAACGCGUGUUUUGGAUAUCGGAACUAGUGACGAUACUCACAUGCGCUUGGUCGAGACACAAUACAUCAAAACCGCAAAGUACACAGCAUUAAGUUAUUGUUGGGGGAACGAUCCUUCCAUCAAGACCCUAACUGAGAACCUGGAGGAUGUAAAGUCCGGUAUUGCGCUUGAGAAGCUACCUGCAGCAUAUGUGGACGCAAUAGCACUGACCAGACAGCUUGAUGUGAGGUACAUCUGGAUAGACGCGUUGUGCAUAAUCCAGGACUCAAAGAGAGACUGGGAGAUAGAAUGCUCCAGAAUGGCUGACACCUACACAAACGCCUAUGUCACCAUUGGCGCUGCAUCUUCGUCAUCUGUGACGAACCAUUUCCUAAAACCUCAGCUCCGUCCGCCACCACAGAUGUCACACAGAAAACGGGAAAUCUUCAAAGUGGUUUUGUCAAGCAGCCGUGGCAAGGAGCAGGUCUCAGUUAAGGCGAGGCUUAUGCAGGCGACCGGUGCCCACUGGCUGUGGCAAGACACCGGCAACGAUGAGCAGCCCUUGAUAGAACCUCUCACUCAACGAGGCUGGACUUUGCAGGAGAAAGUCCUUUCAACACGGUUUCUUUCACUCUCUUCUAUGGAAAUGGUCUGGACCUGUAAAGAACAGAUAUUCUGCGAGUGCGGGUCAAGAUUGAAUCAUCAACGCGAGUUCGGUCGUACCCCGCUGAGUCAGAUUUCUCAACGCGAUGAAGCCUUCAACUUUUGGCAUAAGAUUGUCGAAAACUACUCCAAGAGGAAGCUUACGAAAUCUGAUGAUAGACUCCCCGCAAUAUCUGCUAUAGCGGCCAUAGUGCAGAAGAGGAUAGGUUCAAAGUAUAUCGCCGGACUAUGGGCCGAUAAUAUUGAGCUUGAUCUUUUGUGGCGUCGAGCAGAACCAACACGGGCGUGUGCAGCCAGCUCAUGUUACAUUGCGCCAAGCUUCAGCUGGGCUUCAAUUACGGGUGAAAUUGACUACAUGUGUUUUAGGAAUGGAAAAUGGCCUUACGAGAAAGCCACAAUGGUUAUUGAGGUCACUUCAGAAACCGGACCUGAUGCGCCGCUUGGGAGAGUCACAAAAAGCAAGCUUGUCAUGCAUGGUCCAAUAGGGAUGGGAUAUGUCGAGCGACAAGAUUCACAUGGUUGGUUGAUCGUACGUAUUGGAACUGCGCGUAUGUCUUUUCGCCCAGACACUACACUUUCAACAAUGAUGGCGGAGGGUAGAUCGGAAAUGUCAGUAUGCAGAAGGACCCGUGAGCACCAUAGGGAAGAUCUUGGACGUGCACUGAGGAAACUAGACCAGAAGCGGGAAUAUGAAUAUGAAUCUGAGUCUAAAGAGAUCAAGAUUCAUUGCUGGAUGCUGAGACUUGGUUCAUAUUCUAUCGGAAGACGUGGAGAAAAAGAGCAUGAGUGGUUGGUGCUGGGUAGGUCAGGAAUUGAAACAGGAUGCUUUGAGAGGGUUGGAUGGGGUAUGGUAAAAAACCGUGACGAAAAGCAGGUGUUUGCACAAGAGAGAAUGGAAACUAUAACAUUGGUAUGA